GCAGAAACCCCGUAGUGCAUCACAACAGCGCCAUUCGGUAACUGCAACAGUGUCCAAAAUGGCAGGAGCUGAUGGAGACGACUCUCUGUACCCUAUCGCCGUUCUCAUCGAUGAACUGCGUAAUGAGGACGUGCAGUUACGACUGAACAGCAUCAAGAAGCUGUCCACGAUUGCUUUGGCUCUCGGUGUGGAGAGGACCCGCACCGAGCUCCUACCUUUCCUCACAGACACCAUCUACGAUGAAGAUGAAGUGCUGCUGGCCUUGGCUGAGCAGCUUGGCAAUUUCACUAUGUUGGUUGGAGGACCAGAGUACGUCCACUGUCUCUUGCCUCCUCUGGAGAGCCUUGCUACAGUGGAGGAGACAGUAGUCAGAGAUAAAGCUGUUGAGUCCCUGCGGAAGAUCUCUCAAGAGCACUCUCCAGUUGACUUGGAGGUCCACUUUGAGCCCUUGGUCAAGCGGCUGGCAAGUGGUGACUGGUUCACUUCUCGUACAUCUGCCUGCGGUCUCUUCAGUGUCUGUUAUCCUCGUGUCUCCAGCACUGUCAAGGCUGAGAUCCGUCAGCAUUUUCGCACCUUGUGUUCGGAUGAUACUCCUAUGGUGCGUCGUGCUGCAGCAUCUAAACUUGGAGAGUUUGCCAAAGUCCUGGAGCUGGAUUAUGUAAAAAGUGACAUUAUUUCCCUCUUCACUGCUCUGGCCUCUGAUGAGCAGGACUCAGUGCGGCUGCUUGCAGUGGAGGCUUGUGUCAGCAUUGCCACACUGCUGCCUCAGGAGGACCUUGAGACACUUGUGAUGCCAACCCUGCGUCAGGCAGCAGAAGACAAAUCCUGGAGGGUCCGCUACAUGGUGGCUGACAAGUUCUCUGAGCUUCAGAAAGCAGUUGGGCCAGAGAUCACCAAGAACGACCUGGUCCCAGCCUUCCAGAAUCUUCUGAAGGACUGUGAAGCUGAGGUCCGUGCUGCUGCAGCCAACAAAGUCAAAGAAUUCUGCGAGAAUCUCCCAGAGGACAGUCGUGAGCAAAUCAUUAUGACUCACAUUCUGCCCUGUGUCAAGGAACUUGUCUCAGACACAAACCAGCAUGUGAAGUCAGCUCUGGCUUCAGUCAUUAUGGGCCUGUCGACCAUCCUUGGAAAGGACAACACAAUAGAGCACUUACUGCCACUUUUCCUGGCUCAGCUCAAGGACGAGUGCCCUGAGGUGCGUUUAAACAUCAUCUCCAACCUUGACUGUGUGAAUGAAGUGAUUGGCAUUCGUCAGCUCUCCCAGUCACUCCUGCCGGCCAUUGUGGAAUUGGCAGAGGAUGCAAAGUGGAGGGUUCGCCUUGCCAUCAUAGAGUAUAUGCCCCUGUUGGCUGGACAGCUGGGAGUCGAGUUCUUUGAUGAGAAACUCAACACCCUCUGUAUGGCCUGGCUCAUCGACCAUGUGUAUGCCAUCCGUGAGGCAGCCACCUGUAAUCUGAUGAAGCUGGUGGAGAAGUUUGGGGCUGAGUGGGCUCAGAACACCAUCGUGCCUAAAGUGCUGGGCAUGGCCAAUGACCCCAAUUACCUCCACAGAAUGACUACUCUAUUCUGCAUCAAUGCUUUGUCAGAGGCAUGUGGUCAGGAUAUCACCACUAAGCAGAUGCUUCCAGUGGUCCUAAAGAUGUCCAAUGACCAGGUGGCAAACGUACGCUUCAACGUAGCAAAGUCCCUUCAGAAGAUUGGGCCAGUCCUUGACAGCAAUGCCCUUCAGUCCGAAGUGAAGCCAGUGCUGGAGAAACUGGCCACAGACACAGACAUGGAUGUCAAGUACUUUGCCCAGGAGGCAAUCAGUGUUCUGGCCCUAGCAUAAACCAACCCCACAUCUCUAAAUCAGACAACCACCCAAAACAACAACGCAAACACUUUUACAAGAUAUUUAUUGAUGUUCAGGAACAACUGGUAAAUGUAUAGAGAAAAGCUGUUAACAAUGGUUUUAUCUUUUUCUUUUUAUCUUUUGUUUAAUCCAUGUCAAGGCAUAGCACAGGCUUCUACGUUAACCUCUCUCUUUGCUGUAAAUGGGUGUUAAAAACUAAAAAAGCAAAGUGUGAUGAACUUGCAUUAAGUGGUGCAUGCUGACUUAUGUGCUACUGUACUAGCUAGGCAUUGCUAACCAGAACCCCUCUCACAUUCCUCCCUAUUACAUCAUGGGCCACUGUUGUACUUCAGCCACAGUCAUUGCAGCACACCACAUGUCUAUGUCCGUUGCACUUUUCUCCCGAUGCUAGGCGCUAACUUCCAUUAGCAGAUGGCUCUACAAGCUGUUUAUUUAGCUGUUCUUUCUCUCUCUGAGAGCGCUCUUUUCCCUGAUACGCUUUGCUGAGAAGUGAUUGAAAGGACUGCAGGUUUAGUUUCUUCCACCAGGCCAAACCUGUUGUCUCCUUAAUGCUUCACAGAACUGUUUUGUACUACUCUGUGACAAAGAAAUAAUGGGAUGUCCAUUACUGCAUGUAAUCCGAUGAACUCUUUCAAUGAUUGCAUGUUCUAAUCAAUCUCAAAUGUUGUCCCUUCCAAACUCUAUCUAGCAGAGUACCUCACCCCUCUGCAUUGUUUGUUCUUUGCAGCAACUCAGAUUGAAUUGGUCAAACAAAUGAAUUACCUCGGCCCACUGUAAUAGGGACCAGCUCAGUCGUGAAGUGUUGCUCGUAAUUACUCCUCCCAAGGAUUCCAAGUAACUUUUGUUAGGGGAAUUGGGAAUUAGUCAUCAGUUGUGAUUUUUCGCAAGAUCUUCUCAGCAUUGCUCUUUUGAUUUUGAUUGAUUUGAUAGCAGUGGUGUUUUCUUUUAGUACGCCUGGGUAAACUACUGUCAACUGUCCUGUAUCUUUUUGUAAAGCCACUCCAUUCUAAAUAGACUUCAUUUGUAAAGACUGCGACAAACAAAACCAAGACACACGUGUCCUAGAGCCACCCAGUUUCCCCUUGAAUCCAUGCCAGGUCCUCUACUGUAUGAGAUUGCAGUGAACAUGAAGAGCCAACCAAUGGUUCCUGCUUAAAAAUAUCUACGCGAUGGAGAUCAAGUGCAUGUUUUUAAAGAAAGUGGGCUUGGGGAAAUGGAGCAUGUGUACGUAAGGCUGCAUAAUGUUUUAUUAGGGGGUGGGAGCGCGGGUGGUUGUGGGCGGGUUGAAUAAAUGGAUUGUAUGUGUUAAUAGAAUAAACUUGUUUUUCUCUGAACUUCCCCCGUUGUUCCCUUCUCCCCCUCCCCUGCCAUUUUGUUUUCUUGAAUAAACCCUGAUUGUUGAUUGUCCUGUAUCACAAAGACUGUGCUUUAUUUUUUUUUUGAAUUUCUUCACACUUGGGAAACUGUAUCUUGAUCUGAAUAAAGUAACACAAUGAA